AACAGUCACGUGGCAGGGGAAGUUUGCGCGUGUUGUUGUAUCCCAACACCCAGCCGCGUAGCACCCUGUCAGACAAACGUUUAGUUAAUAAUAUAGAGAUAUAGACACAUAUAUGUAUAUAUAACUAUAAAGAAAAAUGGAUAUCCCGGUGGUUGACUUUGCCGCGUGGAGCCUGCGCAAUCGAAACAUCUCUGACGAACCGAUCCACACCGUGAAAGAACAGCUGGAAUCCGCGUUCACUCAAGUUGGUUUCGUGUUUCUGAAGAACACCGGGAUCACGCAGGAGGAGGUGGAUCGUAUUAUGGCCGUAUCCAAGACGUUCUUCCUGCAGCCAGAAGAAGUAAAGAUACCCUUCAGGAGGGACAGCUUCGACGUAAAUCCCAACCACGGCUGGGUGCGUCUGGAGGUCGAGAGGUUGAAUCCCAGUUGUCCAGAGGACCUGAAGGAGUCUUUCAACGUCACUUCAAUCAGUCCUGACAUCAAGUGGCCAUCGGGUGCUGCAGAAGACUUCCAGGAGACCCAGACGUCUUUCUUCCGGCGCUGCCGCCAGCUGAGUCUGCGGGUGCUGAGGGCGAUGGCUCUCAGCCUGAGUCUGGACCCGCAGGUGUUUCUGAGCGCGCACCGCUUGAUAGGUGAUGAAGGGAACGGCACCACGCUGCGGUCUCUGUACUACCCGUCAGUCGACCACGACAAGGUGAAGGAGCGCCAGUUGCGAUGUGGGGAGCAUUCGGACUACGGCAGCAUCACCCUGCUGUUCAGCAGCUCUGGGGGUCUGCAGGUGCGGAGGCGUUCGGGGGAAUUCAUCGACGUUCCCUACGUGCCCGGAGCGGUCCUCGUCAACGUCGCCGACCUCAUGCAGCGCUGGACCGCCGAUCGCUUCGUCUCCGUGGUCCACAGAGUCAGGCUGCCUCCUGUUGGAGACUCAAGCACACGUCAGUCUGUGGUCUUCUUCGUGCACCCGGAUGAUGACGCUUUGAUCACCUGCUGCGACGGCUCCAACAAAUACCCCCCAGUGACGGGAGGCGCCUACCUCGAGGAGCGCUUCAAGGCCUCCUAUGGGGCCAAAUGAACGUCCUCCCGUCACGUCAUUCAUGCACCGCUUUGUAUUACACGUCUGAGACGUCUUUUAAAAACUAUUGAUGUUUUCCAUAAUUGUGUGUGUGACUUAAAGGAGAGAAACAAAGCUCAGACCUGCAAGCUCAUUCAGUUUAUUGUCCACAUUCAAACGGUAUACAAGAGUUGGAUUCCUCACACGGGACGUCAGGAGAUGGACGGAUUAAACUGCUCCUUGAAAAGAACACUAUUAAAGUUCAACUAUCGCUGGUCUGAUUAAUUUAAAUAUCAAGUUUCACAUCUUGACCGUUUCAUUUAAAGUGGUGUGGAGAAUAAAUAAUGAUUUGAUGAUUUAAAAAACCCUACACAACCCUACGCACAUAAAUUAACUUUGUAUUUCAUACUAACAUGAGGACAAUUAUAAUACAUUAAAAUAUUGAUAUAUUAUGUAUCUGUUAUCAAUCAUUGGAUCAUUAUGAUAUAUGCUUGUUAUGGAAGUAUAAACUACAUCAGAGAUCUAUAAAUAAUGAUAAUGGCUGUUUCAGUGUAUUUCAGGAGCCCUGAGAGCUCAUUUAAACCACCUGUUGAGAUACAUAAAAGCAGCAAAUCAACUAGGAAUUUGAAAGAUUGACAUGUUUUAAACCAACUUGUGUAUAGAUAAUCACACGUGAAAUGAACAUGGUGAAAUAAGUAAUUAGAGCCAUAUUUUAUUUAGCUAACUACGCAAAGUAAAUGGAAUAUUUCAAGUUUAAUGGAAUGAAUAAAUCUUUUAAAGUA